CAAACACGCCACCACUUCUAGCAACCCGUUACAUCAUCCAUUGAUCACUUAUGUUUUGUCCUUUUCUGAAGUGACACUAUAACGUUAACCCCAACCCAAAAACCCUAAUUCCCACUCUCCACUGCCACCUUCAGACAAAUCUUUCUGGUCAGCUACCUUCCAAGAAUAUCCAUUUAUCACCACCACACCCUCCUUUCCCAGAUCCCCAACCCCCAAAAAACUAAUUCAAAAACCCUAGAAAUCUCCCAUUGUUUGAUCAGAACUCAGAAAAAUGAGCAGUGCCUGUUUAAAUCACUGCAAAACCCUCUCUUCUACCUCAAUUUUCAAUUCCAACGCAAUCUCUCAUAAGCUACCUCAUCUCUCCAAACGACACUGCAAUGACAAGCUUUUUUCCUACUCAAACGACACUCAUUUCCCUCGCCUCACGCGCCGCUCCAGGCGCUCUCCACGCGCCGCCUCUGUACGAUGUAGCAGCAACUCCGAGGUGACUGCCAAAAGCCUAACGGAAACUCCAAAAGUUGGAAAACGGACCGAUUUAAAAAAAAUCAUGAUUCUUGGUGCGGGUCCCAUUGUAAUUGGGCAAGCUUGUGAGUUUGAUUAUUCCGGUACACAGGCUUGUAAAGCGUUAAAAGAAGAAGGAUACGACGUCAUUUUGAUAAACUCGAACCCAGCCACAAUCAUGACCGACCCGGAUUUAGCUGACCGGACCUACAUUGCGCCAAUGACGCCUGAGUUAGUUGAGCAAGUCAUCGAAAAGGAGCGGCCCGACGCUUUAUUGCCGACUAUGGGGGGCCAGACGGCGUUGAAUUUAGCAGUUGCCUUAGCUGAGAGAGGUACAUUAGAUAAAUAUAAUGUUGAAUUGAUUGGUGCUAAGCUUGAUGCUAUUAAAAAGGCUGAAGAUAGGGAUUUGUUUAAACAGGCUAUGAAAAACAUUGGCAUUGCAACCCCGCCGUCUGGUAUCGGUACUACACUUGAUGAGUGUAUUGAGAUUGCUAAUGAAAUUGGCGAGUUUCCAUUGAUCAUUAGGCCCGCUUUUACUUUAGGUGGGACGGGGGGUGGCAUUGCGUAUAAUAGGGAAGAGUUUGAGUUAAUUUGUAAAGGUGGGUUAGCGGAGAGCGUAACUUCGCAAGUUUUGGUUGAGAAAUCGCUAUUAGGAUGGAAAGAAUAUGAAUUGGAAGUUAUGCGUGAUUUAGCUGAUAAUGUUGUGAUUAUCUGUUCAAUCGAAAAUUUUGAUCCGAUGGGUGUACAUACUGGUGAUUCUAUUACAGUGGCUCCAGCUCAGACUUUGACUGAUAAGGAGUAUCAGAGGUUGAGGGAUUAUUCGAUUAAGAUUAUUCGAGAGAUUGGUGUUGAAUGUGGUGGGUCUAAUGUGCAAUUUGCUGUUAAUCCUGUUGAUGGUCAGGUUAUGGUUAUUGAAAUGAAUCCGAGAGUUUCGAGGUCUUCGGCUUUAGCUUCAAAAGCGACUGGAUUCCCUAUAGCUAAAAUGGCUGCUAAGUUGUCUGUUGGGUAUUCGUUAGACCAAAUUCCUAAUGAUAUUACAAAGAAGACUCCAGCUAGUUUUGAACCUUCUAUUGAUUAUGUGGUGACCAAGAUCCCCCGAUUUGCGUUUGAGAAGUUCCCUGGUUCUCAGCCAAUUCUGACGACUCGGAUGCAAUCUGUUGGUGAAGCCAUGUCAAUAGGUCGAACUUUCCAGGAGUCUUUUCAGAAAGGAGUUCGAUCACUAGAGUCUGGUUACUCAGGAUGGGGUUGCACAAGACUGAAGGAACUUGACUGGGAUUGGGACCAACUGAAGUACAAUCUCCGAGUUCCAAAUCCAGACCGUAUUCAUGCCGUUUAUGCUGCAAUGAAGAAAGGGAUGAAAGUUAAUGAAAUUCAUGAACUAAGCUUGAUUGACAAAUGGUUCCUUAAUCAGCUUAAAGAGUUGGUGGACGUGGAACAGUAUCUAAUGACUCUAGGCUUGGCUGAUAUGACCAAGGAUGACUUUUACGAGGUUAAAAAGCGUGGUUUCAGUGACAAUCAGAUAGCUUUUGCUACUAAAUCAACAGAAAAAGAAGUCCGAUCAAAACGAUUAUCUCUCGGAGUCACUCCAGCAUAUAAGCGGGUAGAUACGUGCGCUGCUGAAUUUGAGGCCAAUACUCCUUAUAUGUACUCCUCUUAUGAUGCGGAGUGUGAAUCAGCCCCUACCCAAAAUAAGAAGGUUUUGAUUUUAGGUGGAGGUCCUAAUCGUAUAGGACAGGGGAUUGAAUUUGACUACUGUUGUUGCCAUACCUCGUUUGCUCUUCAGAGUGCAGGAUUUGAAACAAUUAUGAUGAAUUCAAAUCCUGAAACUGUAUCCACUGAUUAUGAUACAAGUGACCGUCUCUACUUUGAGCCUUUGACUAUUGAAGAUGUUGUGAAUGUGAUUAAUCUGGAACGGCCUGAUGGCAUCAUUGUACAAUUUGGAGGCCAAACACCUCUGAAGCUAGCUCUGCCUAUUCAGCAGUACUUGGAUGAACAUAAACCUCUUGCUGCCAGUGGGGCUGGACAUGUUCGGAUAUGGGGUACAUCACCAGACUCUAUUGAUGCCGCUGAGGACAGAGAAAGGUUCAAUGCAAUUGUCACGGAGUUACAAAUUGAGCAGCCAAAAGGAGGCAUUGCCAAAACUGAAGCCGAUGCACUUGCCAUUGCAAAAGACAUAGGUUACCCAAUUGUUGUACGUCCUUCAUAUGUGUUGGGUGGCCGAGCAAUGGAGAUUGUAUACAGUGAUGAAAAGCUUGCAACAUAUCUUGAAACUGCUGUUGAGGUGGACCCAGAACGUCCGGUUCUGAUAGAUAAAUAUUUGUCCGAUGCUGUUGAGAUUGAUAUAGAUGCACUCGCAGAUUCAUACGGUAAUGUGGUAAUUGGUGGGAUUAUGGAGCAUAUUGAGCAGGCUGGGGUACAUUCUGGUGACUCAGCUUGCAUCCUUCCGACACAAACAAUCUCGUCUUCUUGUUUGGCCACAAUAAGAUCAUGGACUAUUAAAUUGGCAAAGAAACUCAAUGUUUGUGGACUUAUGAAUUGCCAAUAUGCUAUCUCUUCGGCUGGGGAAGUUUUCCUGCUUGAGGCAAAUCCUCGUGCUUCUCGUACUGUCCCGUUUGUCUCCAAGGCAAUCGGUCAUCCAUUGGCUAAAUAUGCUUCUCUUGUCAUGUCUGGUAUGUCACUUGAUGAUUUAGGGUUCACGAAAGAGGUGAUCCCAGCGCAUGUGGCCGUCAAGGAGGUCGUUCUUCCAUUCAAUAAAUUUCCAGGCUGUGAUGUGAUGUUAGGACCUGAAAUGAGGAGCACUGGCGAGGCAAUGGGUAUUGAUUUUACGCUCUCAAUCGCAUAUGCUAAGGGUCAAAUCGCUACCGGGCAGAAACUACCACUUUCCGGCACCGUCUUCAUCAGCUUGAACGACUUGACGAAACCCCAUCUUGAAAAACUUGCAAAGGCCUUUUUAGGAAUCGGGUUUAACAUCAUUUCAACUUCAGGAACUGCUCAUUUUCUCGAGCUGAAAGGUAUCCCUGUCGAUAGAGUGCUGAAGGUGCACGAGGGGCGGCCGCACGCGGGUGAUAUGCUUGCUAAUGGGCAGAUCCAGUUGAUGGUGAUAACAAGCUCUGGUGAUUCACUGGAUCAGAUUGAUGGGCUGAAUCUGAGAAGAAUGGCUCUUGCCUAUAAGGUUCCUAUAAUAACAACAGUUGCUGGUGCUUUGGCCACUGCAGAUGCAAUAAAGAGCCUGAAAUCUUGCCCUAUUAAUAUGAUAGCCCUUCAGGACUUUUUUGAUGUUGAGGUAGCUGAAAGUAUUGGAAAGUUGCAGUCGGCUUCUUCGCUGUGAUUUUGAGCAGCCAAGCAGACUCAUGUUUAGUGGUGAGUUUUACUCUUCUUUUUAUAAAAUUUAUCUGUGUAAUUGUACUUUUUGACAGAUAUGCUGUUAAUUUAUACGCUCUUCCCUGAAUUCUGUUGUA